AUGCCCAAAAAUCUUCUCCAGCAGACUCUUAUGGUGCAACCCCUUAUCCCCAUGCAUCAUCCGCGCCCGCUCAUCAACCGACACACGAUGCACAUCGAACGAUCCGGAACUGCUCCGUCGUCUCCGGCUGCCGUCUUCGCUCACGGAUGCAGAACUACUCCGUCGACGUCCGCUAUUCUGACUUUCGCUCGCGACAACAUCACUACGCGCGACGCUGGGGUUGCGUGCUGCGGGACUGAGGUGGGCGUCGGUUGCUUGGGAGCUGAAGGAGGAACGGCCGGCUGCUAG